CAGCUUUGAGGUUAUAAUAAACAUUUUUGAACUAAAAUAUGGGUUGUGGGGUAUCAAAUUGUAGCAUUUUUAAUUCCUAUUACGAAUGCAAUAAUUGAAAUUAAUUAAAGUAAUUAAAAAAAAAAUUUUAACAUUUAAAAUUAAUUCUAAAUGUGUCAAGUUUUUAUGUAAAUUCAUAUUUACGUUUAAAACGACCAAAGGAAAUCUUAAAAUAGAUCCCUCAUCUAAUUUUAAAUUUAAAAUUAGAUGAAAAACUUUGCCAAAAAUUUUAGUUUACCUCGCGUUUUCCACAAGAAAACACAAAAAAUGGUCUCGUUUACCCAAAGUUUUUUCUCGAUCGUCGUUCUCACCUCAGUUUAUAGUUACCCGAAACUUUCAAUUCUCCAAAAAAUCCGGCAAGAUCAAAACUUAACAACGUUCUCGAAACUCCUGGAAUUAACGGCUUUAAGCAAAAACAGCUUAUAUUACAGUGAAGUGACCGUUUUCGCCGCAACAAACGAAGCUUUCAACAAAUUCCCCGGAAAAGUUAACACCAACUUAACGAAUUACCACAUGGUUUACUCAGUUUAUAAAUUAAACGAGUUAAUCGAUGGGAAUUUAGAAAGCAUUAAUGCAGAUUUCCCCCCUUUAUGGGUCAAAAAACGGGAUAACGAAAUUUACGUGAACAACGCGAUGAUUUUGACGGAGAAAUCGAAUUAUUUCGCGAAAAAUAUGCCGAGUAGAUACGGAAAGGACCAAAUUUUACACUUAAUCGAUGAAGUUUUAGACGGAUCACUCAAAAAGAUGGUUCUAAAAAACCCCACAGCUUACGAUUUUUUAAACCAAACGCAUUUAUGGGGGAAUUACGAAACGAUUAAAUUCUUCACGAAAAUAAUUUCGCAUCAUUGCGAGAAUUAUUUCAAAAAAGAGGGCGAAUUCACGUUUUUUAUCCCCCUCGAUUCCGGGAUUAACGAACAACGAUUUAAUUUAAUCGAUUCUUAUAUCAUAAAGGGGCACAUCAUUAAAAAUAAAGUUUUGUUCACUCGGGCUUCGCUUAAAGAUCAUUUUUACGAUACUUUAACAAACGACAAUUACAUCCAAAUCAAAAUCGCGUUUUCACGAUUUUUUGACUCGUUCCAAAUUAAAAGUUCAACUUUAAUCGGCGAUACGAAUCAUUUAACCGGCGAAAUCAAAGCGGAGAUUUUAAUCGCGAAUAUUCCGGUUAAAAACGGAGUUAUUCACUUGAUUAGUAAACCUUUGGGGGUUUUUGAUGAGAAAUUAAAUAAAUUUCCUUAUUUGGAUGUGUUCGAUAAGUUCUCGAUGGAUCCUUAUUUGAAUGUGAGUUAUUAUUUGGGGUCGAGGAGCGGGUUUAAUUUAAAUUUGAAACAAAAUUUGAGUAAAAAGAAGUUUACGUUUUUUAUCCCGCGAGAUUUUGCGUGGAAAUUAAUCGAAACUGACGUUUUGAUGCAUCCGUCUCAUUUGGAGCUGGUCAAAACGAUUCUUUCGCGGCAUUUAAUCGUUAGUGAUGUUCCCUAUUUUAUGGAUUCUUUGGUUGAUGGGUCAAAAGAUGGUUGUAUGUUUUUGAACACCCCAAAUGGGAAGAUUUGUUUCGGAGCUGCGAAAGAUGAGAAUUUCGAUGGGAAAUUCUACGUGAUUUGGAACGGGAUUUAUGUUGAGGUGUAUCGCGCUGAUUAUGAGUGCAAAAAUGGGAUUGUUCAUGUUAUUGAUCGGCCGUUUAUGACUGGGGAUGAAAUCGAAAAGGUUUUGAAUGAAAAAAAGGAUGGGGGAGGAGUGCUUAAGUUGUGGGGGGCCGUUUUAAGCUUAAUUUUUUCGAAAAAGAAUUAAU